GCCAGACAAGAUUGUGACGUCAUUGAAAGUUGACAUGAUUAAAGUUUCGAUUAAAUUCGUAUUUUCAAGAUGAAUCUAUCAGAAAAUCACCCUCCUGUGUCUGCAUUGGGCACAACAUUGAAAGGAGAACCUGUGCAGAUAGUGAGUGUAGAAGAUGAUCACACGUUCUCUCUGGACGAAGAGAAGUUGGACACAAUAUUGUUGAAUCCCGACAUACAGAAUAAAAAGGCGGUAGUUGUGUCCGUUGCUGGUGCUUUCAGGAAAGGAAAAUCUUUCCUUCUUGAUUUUUUUCUGAGAUAUCUAAAUGCAGAGUGUUCACCAGACUGGUUAGGUGAUGACAGCUCUCCUUUGGAGGGAUUUUCUUGGCGUGGAGGUUCCGAGAGAGAAACUACAGGAAUAUUGUUAUGGAGCGAACCUUUUUGUUGUACACUGCCUAAUGGAGAACAGGUGGCAGUAUUGUUGAUGGACACACAAGGUGCUUUUGACAGUGAGUCUACGGUUCGAGAUUGUGCUACAGUGUUUGCGCUUAGUACCAUGAUUAGUUCAGUUCAGGUAUACAACUUGUCACAAAAUAUUCAAGAAGAUGAUUUACAGCAUUUACAGUUAUUCACAGAAUAUGGUCGUCUUGCUCUGGAGGCAAAUGACAAUGAAUCAAAACCUUUUCAAGUACUUGAAUUUUUGGUACGAGACUGGAGCUACCCAUACGAUGCAGCCUAUGGUGAAGAAGGUGGCAAACAGAUGCUAGAAAGAAGAUUAAAAAUAUCAGACAAACAGCAUCCAGAGUUACAACAGAUCCGAAAACACAUUCGCUCAUGUUUCAGCAAGAUUGGCUGUUUCCUGAUGCCGCACCCGGGCCUCAGAGUGGCUACAAAUCCACACUUUGAUGGCAGACUGAAAGAUAUUGAAGCAGAUUUCAAAGAGCAGUUACAGUUCCUCGUACCUCAGUUGUUGUCAAAGGAAAAUUUGAUUGUAAAAGAGAUCAAUGGUAGUAGAAUUACAUGUAGGGAUCUCGUGGAAUAUUUCAAGGCAUACAUCAAAAUCUACCAGGGUGAAGAAUUACCAGAACCAAAGUCCAUGCUUCAGGCAACAGCGGAGGCAAACAAUUUAGCAGCAGUUUCAGCAGCAAGAAGUCAGUAUAUUAAAGAUAUGGAAGAGGUAUGUGGUGGUGACAAGGCUUAUAUCCAUCCAAAUGAACUAGAAAAAGAGCAUCAGCGAUGUUUAAGACUCGCUUUGGACACUUUCAAAACAACAAAAAAGAUGGGCGGCCCCGAAUUCAGUCACACGUUUGAAGAACAGUUACGAAAUGAAGCAUUGAAUCAAUUUGAAAACUUUCAAAAGCAGAACGAAAGCAAAAAUAUAUUUAGUGCGGCACGGACUCCAGCUGUUCUGUUUACGGUUAUGAUUGGGUGUUACAUGAUUGGCGGAGUGUUCAGUGUUAUUGGACUUGAAUCGAUCGCAAAUAUUUUCAAUUUCUCAAUGAUCAUAUUUUUGAUGAUGUUGAGUUCAUGGUUCUAUAUACAGUAUUCAGGAGAAUACAGAAGUUUAGCCAUACAAAUUGAUCAGAUUGCGACAGUGAUCUGGGAUCAUGCUCUUGCCCCAAUUUAUGCACAACUUAUGCAGCAGGGUGCCCAGUUAGCAGUGAGACAGGCAACACAGGCACGACCAAAGAGAGAUUAAGAUACACACAGGAUGAAAAACUUGUUAAGCCAUGCAAAAAUCACAGUACAAGUACAAAUUCAGACAUUUACAGGGAAAGACAUUUUCUUUUAAUAUUGCAGAAUUUGUGAAAGAGAAAUGAAUACAUGUCUCAUAAAAGUUUUAAUAACAUGAAACAAAUAAUAGGACUGGUUUUGAUAAAUGAUUCAGGUUAUGACAUAAGGCUAGUCUGUGUUGAGAUUUUACAUUUUCUGUUAAGUAAUCUCAAAUGGAUAAAUGUUAACCCUUACCCUGCUAAAUUUCUAAAAUGAACUUGUCCAUCUUUCAAUUUGGACAGUACCAUUAACUGUUAAAAGGGGUGCUUACCAAAACGAUACUGACUGAGUGGCAAACAGUGCAGAUCUUGAUCAGACUGCACGAAUGUGCAGGAUGAUCAUGAUCUACACUGGUUGCAAAGGCAGAUUCAGUCAUGUCCAGCAUGAUAAGGGUUAAGGUUCUUGUCUAAGAAUUAUUGAGUAAUCAGAGUUGACAUGCAGUUACUAGUGUGACAGUUCUGCAGUAACAAAUCAUUUGAAUGUAUACAGUUAUAAAUUGAGAUUUCAAAUACUUGUAGUUUAAAUUCUAAUUUCAGUACAACACGUAGUUAAAACUGCAGUCUUGUCAAUCAAUUUUUCACCCUUUUGUUUCAAAUUAAGAAUAAAUUAUUCCAGUUCUAAGUAAUUCUAAUGAUUAUGUUUCAAAGUGCUAAACAUAACACUUGCGUUUUGUGUAACCAAGAAUAUAUUCACUAAUCCUGGGCAAAUUUAUUGCUACGCUUUGCAGCCAGUGUCUUAUAUUGUUACUUUUAAUAUACUAAAAAUACAAACCAAUGUUUUUAAUUUUAACAUUUGUAGUGUGAUUUAACCCAUGAGUAAGAACCACCUCCAAAAUACCAGUAAAUAUCAAAUUUGGGUUCUCUUAAGCAUUUAGUAUUUGUAAACUGGUUGUAUUGCAUACUUUACAUCACAGUUUUCCCAGAGAUUAUGACCAUUUAUCGUUCAGUUACAUUUUAUUUGGUGCAUUUUUAGCUCACCUGUCACAUAGUGACAAGGUGAGCUUUUGUGAUCACCCUUCGUGUCCGUGCGUGCGUCAACAAUUCCUUGUCUGCACGAUAGUGGUUUCAUUUAUGACUUUAUUUUAACCAAACUUGCACACAACUUGUUUCACCAUAAGGUCACGGUUCCUUUCUUGAACUGGCCAGAUCCCGUUAUGGGUUCCAGAGUUAUGGCCCCUGAAAGGGCCAAAAUUAGCUAUUUUGACCUUGUCUGCACAAUAGCAGCUUUAUUUAUGAUUUGAUUUUUACCAAUCUGGCACACAACUUGUAUCACCACGAGAUCUUGGUUCCUUUCUUGAACUGGCGAGAUUCCAUUAUGGGUUCCAGAGUGAUGGCCCCUGAAAGGGCCAAAAUUAGCUAUUUUGACCUUGUCUGCACAAUAGCAGCUUCAUUUAUGAUUUGAAUUUAAUCAAACUUGCACAAAACUUGUGUCACCAUAAGAUCUCGGUUCUUUUCUUGAUCUGGCCAGAUCCCACAAUGGGUUUCAGAGUUAUGGGCCCUGAAAGGGCCAAAAUUAGCUAUUUUGACCUUGUCUGCACAAUAGCAGCUUCAUUUAUGAUUUGAUUUUAACCAAACUUGCACACAACUUGUAUCAUCACGAGAUCUUGCUUCCUUUCUUCAACUGGCCAGAUUCCAUCAUGGGUUCCAGAGUUAUGGCUCCUUAAAAGUCCAAAAUUGGCUAUUUUGGCUUUUGCAGCCAUAUAGAGACUUCAUUUAUGGUUUUAUUUGAUACAAACACCCAACAUAUCUUCAACAACAAUAAAUCUUGGAUUCCAUGACAAAUCAGAUCCAGUCGUAGGUUCCAGAGUUAUUUUAUAUCUGAUUACCUCCCCUGAUUGUAAUCAAAAUGGAUUUAUAUCAGUAAGUACUUAUAGGACUUAUUUGAAAUUUCAUUAUUGUUAUUAGUUAGACAGAGACAAUCAGGGUAGAUAACUAUGGAUUGGUUUAAUGUCAAAUUACCUCCCUUUAUUUCAAAUUAAAAUGGGUAUAUCUCCAUAACUACUGAAGAUACUGAUCUGAAAUUUCAUUUAUGUCAACAGAUUUAUUUGGCAGAUCUUUCUUUUGUUCACUUACAAUAUUUAUUUUUUUUAAUUACUUCCCUUUUAUGUUACUAUAAAUAGCUUAUUUUAGUAACUUUUUUAUUAUUGGCCGUAGGGAAAAACCGAGACCACUUUUCUGUGGUACAACAUGGAUGGUACCUCCAAUUUUUAGGUGUAUUUUGACAUAUCUAUACCUUGUAAGAAUUUUUUUUUCUUUUUUGGUUAAAUUUCUUCCCUUUGUUGUUCCUGUCCUUUGGACUUUGAUAUUUUACUGAGGACCUUCUUGUCCUCAAGUGCACUGAUAACAGGUGAGUGAUAUAGGGCCAUCAUGGCCCUCUUGUAACAUUAUAGUAUAUGAAAGAUUAGAAGGAAAAAUAACACUCUUUUUCAUUCUAAAUAUUCCUACAGUAAUUGCUCGUUGCAUCUGAUGUGUAAAACAGUUAAUGCAAGGAACUGGAUGCACAUCUAUAAAAAGAAGCUAAUCUCUGUUAUAUUGAAUAAUGUUUUUCUUUAUUUCUUAUAACAAAAUACUUUGUUUAUUUUAUAUGGCAGAACGCUUUUCAACUUUAGACCUACUAUAUUCUUAUGUAUAUGUUUUUUUUUUUUAUAUAUUUAGAAAAAGAAACUAUACUCAAUGGAAGAACAUGUUGUGAUGACCUUGCUGUUUUUCAGAUAUAUACAUCCAUGCUGUACCAUACCACUUUCUUAUCAGUUAUAUAACAUGCUUUAUGCUACCAACAUUAUAAAUUUCCAAUUUUAUUUUUAAUCUCGAGUAUCAAAUGUAUUUUGAAAGCUCAGGUCCAGUCAGUAAUGCAUAGUUAACAUGGGGCAUUUUGAACCUUGUGAAGAUUGUAUACAAAUUCAGACACAAAGUGUUGUUUUCCUUUAAACUUUACCCUGCUAAAUUUUUUAAAAUGGAUUGGUCUGUCACUCAAUUUGGGCAGUAGCAUUUGUUGUUCAAAGGGGUGUUCACUGAAAAUUCACUGACUGAAAAGCGAACAGUGCAGACCAUGAUCCAUGCAGGCUGAUCUUGGUCUGCAUUGGUCACAAAGGCAGAAUCAAUUGUUUCCAUCAAGCUAAAGGUUAACCCUUACCCUGCUAUAUUUCUAUACUGAACUUGUCCAUCUUUCAACUUGGACAGUAUCAUUAACUGUAAAAAGGGGUGCUUACCAAAAAGAUACUGACUGAAUAGCGAACAGUGCAGAUCAUGAUCAGACUGGACACAAAGGCAGAAUCAAUUGUGUCCAGCAUGAUAAGGGUUAAAGAAGAAUGUAUAUAAAGUUUUUUUGUGCAUAUUAUUUCAUACAAACUAUUAAAGCUGAAAUAAUAACAUAAUCGAUUUAUAUUUUUCCAGAUAUUUCUCUUGUAAUAUCAUUUAUUUCUGUUAAAGAAUAAUUUUGAUCAAAAGUAAUCUGUAGAAUACGAGAAUAUUACAAUUAUUAUUAAUUGUAAAAUUUUAGAAUAUGUAGUAACAGUUACAGUGAUAGGAGAGAUUUUCUACAAUCUAGUCAAUAGAUAGAUUUUUACAAUAAUUUAAGUGCUAUAUUUCAUGUUUAUUUUUUGUCAGCCAAGCUGGGUAGAACUGGAACUAUAUGAAUAUUUACUAUAGAUAUAAAAAUAUAUUUAAAAAGUUAAUAAAAACACCCUUCUAUGAUUAAAAACAAAAAAUUAUAUAAUUAUGCUAUUAAUUACUCCAUAACUAAUUUCUCCAUGAUUAAUAAAUAUUAAAUGCGAAGCUAGACUUUCACUAAAUAAUUGUGUUUGUAAAGCAUAUAUAGAUAAAUAAAGUUUAGUUCUACAAAGUGGAUAUAACCUAUAUGUUUUAAUUUCGAUUAUGGAUGUCUUUAAUAUCUUCAAAACCUUCUGUUCUUAUAUUGUUGAACAGAAAAUAAAGAAAAAGAAUACAGGAAGGCAAGCAAAACAAAAUGUUUAUCCUUGAUACUGGUCUCUGUACAAAUGUGAAUAAAAUUUAGGCACUCAUAGGUUUUUCAAUUUGCCUGUAGUACUGAUAUGAUUAGUACAAUGUUAAAGAGGGGUUUCAUGGAAGAGUGGUUUUCCACCCCUGUUUGUAUGAUCUAAAAUAACUUCUAUAAACCAAUUAGAACAAAUACAGUUACUGUAUUUUGCAUGAAAAAUAACAAUAGUGAGAAGUAGACUGGUCUAAGAUUUUAAGAGAAUAUUUAUUUUCUCUCCUGUCUUCCAUACACUUCAGCGAUUUGAUCUUGUACCUUGUCUUAGAUAUACUACAUUCCCCAAAUAGGACCAUCCCAAUACAGUUAAUUGCUCACUAUGAUCCUUUGAAUUGUCACACAGAAAGGGUCUUGUCUCGUCAAAGUAUCUGAAAUUCAUAUUUUUUUCCAGAUUCACAAGAUAUGUUUUGUUUUCAAGCAAAUACAUAUGAGCCGUGCCAUGGGAAAAUCAACAUAGUGGGUGUGCGUCCAGCAUGGAUCCAGACCAGCCUGCGCAUCCGCGCAGUCUGGUCAGGAUCCAUGCUGUUCGCUAACAGUUUCUCCAAUUCCAACAGGCUUUAAAAGCGAACAGCAUGGAGCCUGACCAGACUGCGCGGAUGCGCAGGCUGGUCUGGAUCCAUGGUGGUCGCACACCCACUAUGUUGGUUUUCCCAUGGCACGGCUCAUAUGUGUGUGCAUAUUUGGUGUUCAUUUUAAAGGAGUCUGAAUAACUUUCAGUUUAACAUAAUUUUGAACACCAUUUUUUACAAAACCUGAGUCUGUGAGAUGGUCCCUUUUAUCAUGACAUUACACAUAUAGUGGAGGACCCUGAAAAUACUUUAUUCUCAAUUCACUCACUAUUCAUCUGUUGUAAUUUCCAUCAGAUUUAAAACGUGUACAAAUUGUAAAUUUGUGUAUGAAAUAUCUGUGUAUUUAAAUUUAUUAUAAUUAUGUUUCAAGAUAUCUAUUUUUGUACUAACACCCCUUCAUUUCCAUACAGUAGACAAUACCAUGAUCUAUUUAUUGUAGCAGUAAAAUUUGUUUACCCAAUGUUGUGAAUUGUUAUGUAACUUUCGCUUUUUCUUGGAUAACUACAUAUCAAGAAAUCAUUGCACAAAUUGAUAGGAAUUAACAGAUAUUUUUGUACCCCAUUGUUUCAAAAAGUUUUAUUGUGCUAAUUUGUAUUGGAGUUAGCUAGAUAUCAGAAAUUUGACUCAAAAUGCUAUUUUGUGCAUGUGCUUGACAGUGUCUUCAGAUAGCCAGAAUUUGGAGAUAAACCUGUUCGAGGUAUUGAGUUUCAACUGUAUUUGUAACUGGAUAAUUUUGAUACAUAAUAGCAUAAGUAUGUGUACAGCCUUAUGCCUUUGGCUGAAGGUUACCGUGAAAGGUCACUGUGGCCAGUUGGUUAAUGUUGCUGACUUCAAAUUCUUCCCCCCUCACCAUUGGGUUUGAGUAAGUUAUCAAGCUUGGUUAUGGAAGAUUUAUGGUUUUACCCAGUGGCCGGCCAAUGCCUGAAAUAAGGGAGGGCACCAGGGGUAUUCCUCGACCAUGAAAGCUAACAACAAAGAGUUGCUGUGAGGUAUUCCUACACCAUGAAAGCCAGCAAACAAAGAGUUGCAAUGAGGUAUUCCUACACCAUGAAAGCCGACAACAAAGAGUUGCAGUGAGGUAUUCCUACACCAUGAAAGCUGACAACAAAAAGUUGCAGUGAGGUAUUCCUACACCAUGAAAGAUAACAACAAAGAGUUGCAGUGAGGUAUUCCUACACCAUGAAAGCUGACAACAAAGAGUUGCAGUGAGGUAUUCCUACACCAUGAAAGCUGACAACAAAGAGUUGCAGUGAGGUAUUCCUACACCAUGAAAGCUGACAACAAAGAGUUGCAGUGAGGUAUUCCUACACCAUGAAAGCUGACAACAAAAAGUUGCAGUGAGGUAUUCCUACACCAUGAAAGCUAACAACAAAAAGUUGCAAUGAGGUAUUCCUACACCAUGAAAGCCAGCAACAAUGAGUUGCAAUGAGGUAUUCCUACACCAUGAAAGCCAGCAACAAAAAGUUGCAGUGAGGUAUUCCUACACCAUGAAAGCCGACAACAAAAAGUUGCAGUGAGGUAUUCCUACACCAUGAACGCUGAAAACAAAAAGUUGCAGUGAGGUAUUCCUACACCAUGAAAGCUGACAACAAAGAGUUGCAGUGAGGUAUUCCUACACCAUGAAAGCUGCUGUAAGGUAUUCCUACACCAUGAAAGCUGACAACAAAGAGUUGCAGUGAGGUAUUCCUACACCAUGAAAGCUGACAACAAAGAGUUGCAGUGAGGUAUUCCUACACCAUGAAAGCUGACAACAAAAAGUUGCUGUGAGGUAUUCCUACACCAUGAAAGCUGACAAUAAAGAGUUGCAGUGAGGUAUUCCUCCACCAUAAAAGCCCAACAACAGAGUUGCUGUGAGGUAUUCCUCCACCAUAAAAGCCCAACAACAGAGUUGCUGUGAGAUAUUCCUCCAUCAUAAAAGCCUAGCAACAAAGAGUUGCUAUGAGGUAUUCCGCCACCAUAAAAGCCCAACAACAGAGUUGCUGUGAGGUAUUCUUCCACCAUAAAAGCCCAACAACAGAGUUGCUGUGAGGUAUUCCUCCACCAUAAAAGCCCAACAACAGAGUUGCUGUGAGGUAUUCCUCCACCAUAAAAGCCCAACAACAGAGUUGCUGUGAGGUAUUCCUCCACCAUAAAAGCCCAACAACAGAGUUGCUGUGGGGUAUUCCUCCACCAUUAAAGUGCAACAACAAAGAGUUGCUGUGAGGUAUUCCUCCGUCAUAAAAGCCUAACAACAAAGAGUUGCUGUGAGGUAUUCCUCCACCAUAAAAGUGCAACAACAAAGAGUUGCUGUGAGGUAUUCCUCCACUAUAAAAGUGCAACAACAAAGAGUUGCUGUGAGGUAUUCCUACACAUUAAAAAAGCCCAACAGACAGUUGCUGUGAGGUAUUCCUCAUCAUAAAUACAAUAAAAAAAAAGAGUUGCAUUGAGGUAUUCCAUCAUAAAAAUCCAAAAAUGAAGUGUUACUGUGAAUGAUAUGAUGAAAUGAGUUAAAAUGGGACAAGCUUAAAGAAUUCACACAGUAGUAAAAGUUAUUUCAUCUUCAACAGAACCGUAAAGGUAAUGUAAUGGAGAAUUCAGACAAGUUACCUUUUUACAUGACUUUGUGUAAUAUUUCUUGAUUUGUAGUAAAUUGCAUGCUUACCUAUUUAAAAUGUUUAUUGUUCAGUGUCGUAGUGAAUCAUGGUUUUGUGUAGAACAAGGGAUUGUGGUUACUAAUUGUUCAAACCGUUGUUUAAUAUUUAAAGUUUCGUCCUUCAGAAUGUUGAAAGUCAGUACAUGUACAAGUAAUUCAGCUUAAGGUACCGGUGAAACGUUUUUCUUAAAUAUUAAGUAAGUGAAUAAAAUAAGUUUAAGACAAUUCUGUAUGAUUUAGAAAUAAAAGAUUGUAUUAAGGUAUGGGACCCAUAAUGACAAUUGUCAGUUUCUGUUCGAUUAUGUAUUCUUUGUAUGAGAUUUAGAAAGUCUGAAGUUGUUAUGAAGAACAAUUUUCUGUUAGGCCUAUUGAUGCUGGAAUCGCCUUUGGGAAAUACAUAACCACACAGAAAUUUCUGAUUGUCCAUACAGGUCCACUACCUUAAGAUGUAUGUUUGAAACAAGUCUUUUGUAAAGUUGAUAAGACCUUGUUUUUUCAAAAGAAAAUUUAACCUAUAUAACACAUUGCAACAUAAAUUUGACAUUAAUAGAAAGUAUCUGCAUUUAUUUAUUAACAGGUAACAUGACUGUAAUUUUAAAAUGUUAUCUUCAUAACGUACAUGUAAAAUGCAGAUUUCUGUAUUAAUGAUAGUGAUUUUAUCAACAAACAUGCAUAACACCGUAAAACUACAAAUUCUUGUGUAGAAAGAAUCUAAAACAGGUUUAUUUCAGUUCUGUCAUUUAUCAAACUCUUUGUAACUAUUCUUGGGUACUAGGGUCUUACAGGUUCAACUACUCUUGACUGCCUAUUUAUUGCAACCCUGGAAGCAUUCUUUGUUAAAAAGGAAGUUUCACUUGUCAGGUUUCCAUUUUUCUUUGCAGUACUCCAGUAGAAAUACGUGCUUAAGAAAUGUGUAAAUACAAUAAGCUUAAUAUUUAUGCUGUUUAUAACUGGUGCACAUAUCUUAUUGUUAGUUGCUCAGACUCGAUAGUAGAUGCAUUUUAAUGUAUUUUGUUGCUUAGAAAAUUUGUAGGACAAACUUACUUUUAGUUUCAACCAUUUUAAUGUGCCAAAGUUAUCCUCCCAGGUUUUCAUGUGUUGUGUAUGUGCAGUACCAUGUCAAACUUUUUUGUUGUUUACAGAUAAGUGCUAUUUGUCUUCUGUCUGAAGAAUUUCUAAGUCUUGAGUAUUCGCAGAUAACUUGGAGUGAGGUGAGGUUAAAAUGAAUACAUAUGUGACCAGUAGUUAAUUAAAAAAAUGUUGCAUAUAUACCAGUAUGUUACCAUUUGGGUGUAUUAGAAUAAUAUAUAUGGGCAUUCACAGGGGGUGGGGAGUGCACCUCGUCACUCCUUUUACAAGAAAGCAUCUCCUGGUAUCAGUGAUUUAACUUUUUGUGCAAGAUUUCACUACUUUCAAUUAUAUACAAGACUAAACUUGAAAAUUGUUUGUAAAUUGAUUGCAUAGUAUCUCACUUUUUCUUUAUGAAUGUUAAAUAUUUGUUUCUCAGUAUAAAAUAUCAGCUGUUAACCCUGAAAGAGCUCUCCGUGGCCAAGUUGCCUGUCAUCUCAGUGGGUCCAAGCCCUGCUAGAAUCAUCGUGUGACAGCCAUCUGGCUGGCUUUGGAGAGGUCAGUGGUUCUACCCAGGUUCUUGUCCCAGUUUGAAAUAAUGCCCAGAGGGGCACCUGGGGUCUUUCUCCACUGUGAAGUGCUGGAUAGUUAGUCGAUAAAAUGACAUAAUUGUGUCAGUGUGACAGACAUAAAAUUUAUUGUGAGAGAAGUCUGUUCAUGAGCUGAAUUUACCAGAUUAGAUAUAACAAGAGAAUAGCACAAGACGAAUCUACAUAAUACUGGUUCUCUCAUGAAUCAUAGUUAUUGGGUACUCAUGAACUUAACUUUCUGUUUUCUUAAGCUUGAAGGGUUAAUUAGUCCCCUACUGGUUGAAAACCAGUUUCGGGGACUAUAGGAAUGCACUUUUCCGUCAUUCCGUCAUUCCGUCUUUCCGUCAUUCCGUCAUUCUGUCAUUCCGUCCGUCCGCAAUUUCGUGUCCGGUCCAUAACUCUGUCAUCCAUGAAGGGAUUUUAAUAUUACUUGGCACAAAUGUUCCCCAUGAUGAGACGACAUGUCAUGCGCAAAACCCGGACCCCUAGCUCAAAGGUCAAGGUCACAGUUGGAGGUCAAAGGUCAACAGGGCUUUUUUCCUGUCCGGUCCACAACUCUCCCAUCCUUGAAGGGAUUUUAGUAUUACUUGGCACAAAUGUUCCCCAUGAUGAGAUGAUGUGUCUUGCGCAAAUCCCGGACCCCUAGCUCAAAGGUCAAGGUCACAAUUGGAGGUCAAAGGUCAACAGGGCUUUUUUCCUGUCCGGUCCAUAACUCUCCCAUCCAUGAAGAGAUUUUAAUAUUACUUGGCACAAAUGUUCCCCAUGAGGAGACGACGUGUCAUGCGCAAAACCUGGACCCCUAGCUUAAAGGUCAAGGUCACAAUUGGAGGUCAAAUGUCAACAAGGCUUUUUUCCUGUCCGGUCCAUAAUUCUCCCAUCUAUGAAGGGAUUUUAAUAUUACUUGGCACAAAUAUACCUCAUAAUAAGACGAUAUGUCAUGCACAACUUUCAGACCCCUAGCUCAAAGGUCAAGGUCACACUUAGCAGUCAAAUGUUAACAUAGCAUGAACAGGGUCUGUUUCGUGUCCGGUCCAUAACUCUGACAUUCAUUAAGGGAUUUUAAUAUCACUUAGCACAAGUGUUCCCCAUGAUGAGACGACGUGUCAUGCGCAAAUCCCGGACCCCUAGCUCAAAGGUCAAGGUCACAAUUGGGGGUCAAAGGUCAACAGAGUUUUUUUCCUGUCCCGUCCAUAACUCUGCCAUCCAUGAAGGGAUUUUUAUAUUACUUGGCACAAAUGUUUCCCAUGAUGAGACGACACCCAGUACCCUAGCUUAAAGGUCAAGGUCACACUUUGAGAUCAAAGGUCAAGAGGAUUUUUUUCCUGUCCGGUCUAUAACUUUGUCAUGCAAAGCAGGAUUUAGAUAUCAGUUGGCACAAAUAUUCCCCUGGAUGAGACAUGUCAUGCGCAAGAACCAGGUCCCUAGGUCUAAGGUCAAGGUCAUAUUUAGAGGUCAAAUGUCAAAUUCAAGAAUGACUUUGUACGGAACAUUUCUUCUUCAUGCAUGGAGGGAUUUUGAUGUAACUUGGACCAAAUGUUCACCACCAUGAGGCACCCUUGUUUUUAGAAUUACGUCCCUUUGUUGUUACUAUAAAUAGAUUUAAUUGUAACUUUUUUAUUACUGGCGGUAGAGAAAAAUCGAGACCACUUUUCUGUGGUACAGCAUGCAUGUUACAUCCAAUUUUUAGGUGUAUUUUGACCUAUCUCUACCUGGUAAAGAGUUUCUUGUGGACUUAUAUUAUUAUUUUUUCUUUUUUUUUUUUUUUUAAAGAUUAAUUUCCCUUUGUUGUUACUAUAAAUAACUUACAUGAUAACAUUUUUAUAAUCAGCCAAAAAAAUUCAAUAUGAAAACAACUGUGGGUUUUUAUAUAUGCACAUUUUAAUCCAAGUGUGUUGUUAUAACAUAUUGUAUAUGUAGUACAAUAUUGUUUAUACAUCAUUGACAGAUAUCAAUUCAUUAUGUUAUACUGCAGUAGAGAAAAUUAGGUGCCUUCCAGUAGGGGACUUUGUAUUGCAUGGCAAUACUUCAUUCACUUGUUUCUCUCUGUUUCAUAUUUUGUACUUGUCUUGCUAAAUAGUGUUACGCAAAAUCUAAAUGAUGUACAGUAAACACACAUAUUUAUAUUGAAAGAUAUUUAAAUUUCGGGAUAUAUGUAAAUUUUUGUAAUACAAUAAUGUACUUAAAAUUGUCAUUUUUCUGAUUAUUUGAAAUUUAGAAGAAAUAUAAGAUGGUUGAAGGAGAA